UUAGCGUUCGUAAUUGUUUGGCGUACAUAUUUCUUGCGAUCGGAAAUAGAACAACGUAAUCCUUCUGAAACGUCAAAAGUGUGCUUUUCUUCCUGAUCUCAAGACCUUGGGAAUAAGAGUUCUGUCACUUAUCAUUAUCAUGACUCAUUAAUGAUGUCUUCGCGAGACCAUGGUGUAGCACAGUGCACUACCGGGAACCGAUACUCAAAUUUCGCGAAGAACGGGAAUAGGGGAAGACGGAUGUGACGUCGUCCGAAUGUCAAAAAAUCACGUGGAAAGGGUACCCGCCUAACAUCUGUGAGGUACUAGCGGGUGACAGGUCUUAUGUCAAUGUAAUUAAAAAAUCAUGUGUCUUGUCUUCGCAUUGCUGAAAAUUGAGUUAAAUUAUUAAAUCAUUAAUGGAGGAACACGUCCACCUGAUUUUAAAUGACGAGGGAGAAGGUCAUCGAAGAUAUAUGAACCGCACUUGUCAUAUCAAAUGAUUUUAUUGAUAUACACCUUAGGAAAAACCAUUGUUAUACAUGGGAAAUCAUUUCUUGACAACAGCGCAUCGGCUCGUCUACUUUCAUCGCUAUUCGUACAUAUUUCCUACCAUUAACCGCAGACCUGUAUCACGAAUGAGAAUAAUAGGCAGAUACGCUGUGUUGCCAAUUUGAGUAGAGCUUCCCGAAUUGUGGGGGAUUUAGAGUUAAGUGUUGAUUCAUUCAAGCUUUGAAUCAGCAUGGCCUAGACGUUAGAACUUCAUAAAGAUAACAUUGAAGCUGAAUGCUGCUGGAGUAUAGUGUUUCGAAUAUUCAAAGCGGAACGGGACACUAUACUCGUUCAAUGGGUCAUCAAGCCACAGUCUUUUCAACAAAGAAAUUAUUUGACGAAAAUGCGUUAUAUUUUUACGAUUUUGUCGUCACCAAAUCUCUGUUUCUCAAAAUGUACGUCUAUUGUAGAAUUUUCAGCAAACUAAGCAAGAAACGUGAUCUAGUAUUUACUCAACAUUACGGUUUUCUCGAAAUACAUUAAAAAAUGUGACCUAGAUACCUGCCCCAAGCUCUUUAAAUAUAACACCUUAAACCAGGGUUACCAGGUGCUCAGUCACGUUGAUUGUCAUGUUGUACUGCGCAAGUCAGCAAACAAUCUGGCGUAAUAAACGUUAGGAAUCAUCAGGUAUUGCCAGAUUCCCGAAUACCGGGCACCAUACUAACCGUUAUAGUUGUCCUUAAAAGUUGGCAAAUCGCCCCUAUGGCGCAAAUUCGCCACACCAGGCAACUGUGCUAUAAACAAAGCCUGUUUAUCACUACUAUUUGAUAGUCAUAUGGUGGUAGUUGUAGCCCUAUCUAGCGGUCCAUGAUUUCUCUCAAUACUGUUGUAUUUCUACUGGCAACAAGAAUAGGGAUUACAAAAUCAUUUAUACAACAAUAUACAAACAUGAAAAAUAUGAUUUGAACCAUGAAACAUUAAUACAAUACAAAUCCGCAGCUAUUUUUCCCGAAAUUUGGGUAGACUUAGAUUUCUUAGAAAUAUGACAUAUUGGUAUCGGCAACUCUGCGAAUGGGAAAAACAAAUCGCAUUUGUUGAGCGCAUCCGUCUAAGCGGUAGGCGCCAGCGCCCGUUCUGCCAUCUCUCUCUUUUAUCACUCUUCUACUUUACCCCGUUGUCCGUCACACUCAGACGCUGCCACAUAGGAUCCUACAAUCGAGUGUCUUUCACGCACCUACAUACUUUUGUAUACUUCCAUCUCUCUUCCUCAUCAUAAUGUAUAAUAAUGUUUUUUCCCAAGGUGUAUAUGUACAUUGCAAAAAAAAACGAUCGGUCUUUUUAUUUCAGAUUCGAACAAGGCAGCAAACAUUUUGCGCAACAUGCGCCAUCUAACCUCUCCCGGUGUAACUUGAAACUGUCAAAACUUCGAGAGGAAGGGGAAAUUACACCUGUUCCCGCUUCGGUUCACUACGGGAUCUCGCGAAAAAAUCUCUAUUGUUUGUUUACGUCAUUCGAUUAUCAAAAACUGCUCAAAAUUGGCAGAAUAUAUAUUUUUCAUGGUAAAUGCUACCCCGUAUCCCUAGGGUCUCUUAUAAUAAUUACGCAAAAAACGUGGUUAGAAAUUAGUCGGCGUUCUAGAAAUAAAGUUUCAUAUGCCUUCCAGACUCACGGCGAGAAGUCUCGGCGAGAAGAUUCGCCGAGACUUCUCGCGAAAAACGGCUAUGUCCACAUUCACACUGAAUCUCACUUCUGUUCUCGUCUUUAUACGGUAUGGACGACAGUGCAGCGGCUUUGAUGGUAUAUGCGUUGGCGUACUAUAACCUUGUAAAUAUAACCAUUAGGAAUAGAAUUAAUAAGAAAAGGCCCAGACGUUGGUGGAUGACGCAAAUUCAUCUAAGCAGAACAAGCUUAAGCAUGCAAAGUCAGUUAUGAGAACUUAUUGCUGAACCAAGUGGAGAAUUUAAGAAGUUCACGCGAAUGUCAACUACGGACUUUGAAUUUUUGCUCAACAAGAUUUCUCCUCGAAUUAGCAAACAAGAUACACAACUUCGAAAAGCCGUACCAACCCGAAUGCGUCUUGCUAUAACAUUGAGAUACUUGGCCACGGGAGAUAGCUUUCAAAGCCUUCAUUUUUUAUUCAAAGUGUCACCGCAAUUGAUUUCAACAAUUGUUCCCGAAGUAUGUAAAGCACUGAAUCAAGUAUUGACAAAAGAAAUACAGAUUCCAUCAUCCGCUGAAGAAUGGCUGGAAAUCGAAAAAGGAUUCAGCUCAAAAUUUCCUAGAGCCAUUGGUGCAAUAGAUGGCAAACAUAUUGUUCUGACGUGUCCACAAAAUUCAGGCUCGGAGUACUUCAACUACAAGAAAAGUUUCAGUAUUGUGCUCAUGGCAUUAGUCGAUAGCAAAUAUAACUUUAUUUUUGCUGAUAUUGGUGGUCAGGGAAAAAUAAGUGAUGGAGGAAUUUUCCGACAUACUUUGUUGUGGGAGAUGAUUUCUAGCAACACUUUGAAUUUACCAGCGUCACAUCCACUACCAGGUUCAAAUGUUGAUAUACCUUACGUAUUUUUGAGUGACGGUGCAUUUGCACUGCACCCGAAUAUCAUGAAACCUUAUCCUGGUAACCAUGACAGGGAUAGCCCUGAACGCAUGUUAAAUAAAAAACUAUCUGGAUCACGCGUAGUCGUAGAGAAUACAUUUGGAAUAUUGUCAUCAAAGUUUCGAAUAUUUAAAAGGCCAAUUGAGCUGUGCCCGAGAAAGCUUCUGUUAUCACCAUGACUUGUAUAUUAUUACAUAAUUAUUUAAUAAAAAGCAAUACUUCAUCACAAAUGUAUUCCCCACAAGGCACUGUUGAUGUUUACGAUGAUAACGACACUCUUAUUCAGCCUAGGACAUGGCGUAUAGAUAAUUCAAGCACUAAUGCUAUUCAAAAUAUACCACCAAUAGCACGCCGAGCAGCUGCCAACGCAAGGCAAGUACGAGAUGAGUUCAAAAAUUAUUUUUCCAAUGUAAAUUGAGAAAAAGCUAUAAUUUUUUAAUUUACUAUUUUUACUGUACAAUAGGUACUAAAAUGUUUAUUGAAAUAAAUGAAAUGUUCUUACCCUUGAUUGCGUAUUUAUUGUUAUCUUCGGAGUAAGUCCAUCACUCAGACAUCCAUCCAAAGCCUCAUAUGCAAACCAUACUGGUUUGUAUAAUUCAUUUUCCCCAGCACCCGAUUGGUAGGAAUCUUUAACCAUCUUUCUGUAUUUCCGAUAACUUGCAAAAAGAGAUUCCUUCUUCUUCUUGAGAUCUGGUAUUGGUAGGUCCAUCAAUUGUGCAAUUCUACCCCACGCGUCGUGAUUUAGAUUCUUGUUUUUAUAAUUUCGGUGUUUUGUGUCCCAUAAUAUGGGCUCUGCUUGAAAAAACUCUAUAAACUUCAAUUCUAGGUCAUUGUCCCACAUUUUCUAUUUUAAAAAGUUCACGAAAUAAAACAAAAAUACUUCCACUAACGUCGCAAGAAUAACGUUGGUCGCACGUCGCACUGAGAACGGAGAAUGUGGAUAGCGUCCUUUUUCUCGCCCGAGAAAGCCUUUGUCUAUAAACUAUAUAGACAGUGCCAACAAAGGCUGGGGAAUGAAAACAUCUAGACCAUAAUAAUGUUAAUACUGAUUUGUUUGUAGAAAAAUGUGAGAUUUAUAUAAUAAAUAUAUAUUUAGGUUUUUACAGUAUAUGUUUUUCUUCUG